AUGGCGAUGGUAAACACCCCCGACGUUCGCCAAAUCAUAUCCGAGCUGGCCUCGGUUGCCACUGAAUAUUACAAAACAAAAGAGAGUUCCUGUUAUGUGUUCAUUACAUCUCUGAAAGACUUAGCCUUUUUCACUUCGAAUGGAAGAGCUGCGAUCACCUGGACACCCGAGCACCCAAACGAACAAACAGCCGAAGUAAUCUUGCAACAAUAUCGCAGAGGACGCCCAGCGGAAGACCUCAUACCAUUGCUAAUUUCUUCUGCGGGAUUCCACUUUCGGUCUAUGGUUUUUGCGGCUCGGGUGAUAGGAGAGUUCGACUCCCCGACUGUACAAUCAAUUGUCGGCAAAGUCUACGACCGAUGGAAGCAACGGGUGUCAGACUCCACCACAAAAAGAAUCAAAGAAUUCAUUGUAUCGGAAUGCAAAAGAGGAGUUUCGGCAACAAGGGAAGUGAUCGAUGAGGUCGAAGAGUUCCUGGAUCACACGGGGGCUGUGCCUCCUCUCUUAGUUUGUGGUGCCUUCGGACUCGUGAAGAAAAUCUACAGGGACCACCACGAAGUUGACGUGAAUGCCCCGCUGUAUAGAAUGUUCAACUGUGAGUAUAUGCAUACACCGUUGGAACAGUUUGGUGAAAGCUACGACCUCUUCCGGGUGACCGAAGAGUUGCUAGUUCUGAAAAGGGAUGUCCAAAUUCAUGUUGUUCCUGAUGGUACAAAGAAGUCAACAGCGUGGUUCCGAGGUCUCAAGUAUCCAGACAAUCUGACCAUUAGCACCGACUCACUGUUCAAGACUGAAGGGAAGAGCAAGAUAUACGAACUCACCCAAGCAGGGAUUUCGCCUUCAAAGGAAAAGUACUACAGUCCAGGCAAGACGAAUCAUCCGUAUGUUGACCGUGUUUUCGUCACCAAGAACACGGAUGGCAGAGAGUGCUUUGUUCUUCUGCAAGAUAUGGUGAACAACGAUGUCCCAAAAGCUGUGCACGGACUGAACAAAGCCGGAAAACUGCUGAAGGAACAACACCGCGAGAUGGAAGUUUUGUACAUCUUGAAUGUGAUUGGAGCGGGCCCCAAUACUACUUCUCAGCAGAAUCUCAACUUCACCUACGUGCUUAUUGGAGAAAACGAAUUGGGUGCCUUCUAUUCUGCUCAUUUUGCACCUGUCGCACGAUUUAUUCGUAAACGCAACUUAAUGGGGGAACAGAAGCGAAGAGAACAGGCUACCCCGGCAUGA